CCUAUCCUACCCUUAUCAGUACAAGUUUAGAACUUCACAUCCAAGAUGGCGGACGGGAAGGAAGAGUUGACGAAUGGAGACCUUUCCAGCGAUUUGUAUCAAAAGACGGAUCUUAACAUCAGCGAGGAAGAUUAUGAGGCGCUGGACGAUAAAUUGGAUCAACUGAACACCUGUUUGGACAAGCUAGAGAACUGGAAUGACUCACUCAACUCGAGGAUGAGGGAAUUUUUGGAGGACAUGCAGAAAUCGAGGCAAAGUCAAACUGGAGAAGCGAGUGAAAGCAAUAAAGGGAACAAUGAGCAAGAUAAAUAGUGAAGCCGGUAGAAUAUAGAAAUAUAUGAAUUCAUGUUGACUCGAAAGGAAUGGUCAAAAUAUUUAUCAAUUUUCUCCAGUAUGUAGAGUGCUAAUGUAUUAAAUUCAAAGUUGUAUUUACUAAGAAUAAGCGGUAUAGGGGUGACGAAGAUUGAUCAAACUGAAAUUGAUUAAGAAUUAUAAUAUACUCGGUUAUAUACAUUUACACAAAUGUGAAAUUAAACGAUUUUAAAGGAGCAUUUUAUGGUCAGAAAUAUAUAUUCUAGAUUAAUAUAAAUACAUAUACAGUGGAACCAGGAUUUUAUGAUAUGCCUCUGGAGAAAGAAAAUGUAUUUGAAAUCAAGGUAUUGUUGCAAAGAGGUGAUUGAUUUUAUGAUAUAAAGAAAAUACAUUGAAAAUAUCGUUGGGUUAGGUUGGGUUAUUUAAGAAUCAUAAAUAAUGAUUAUGUAUUACUGUAAAUUGUUUGAUCAAAAGUAUAGAUAUAAUGAUAUCUCAAUCAA